UUUAAUAUUAUAUUACAUGCAUGGAUUAAACAAUCAUAAUAAUCCUGGAUUCCUCAACUCUAUAGCUGUCUUGAUAAUACAAUGUUAAUGUAUGUAAAAUUACAAUCUGUAACAUCCUCUUGUUUCGCCAUAAUUUUUGACACUUUAUAAAAACUUCAAAAUCAUUUUCAUAUAUACGUAAAAUAUGUUUUCUUCCAUUUUCAUAUUGUUUGUUACAACUCUACCCUUUUACGCACAAUCAACUCCGUGCGCCAAUCACAAAUUUGCACCAAUUUUAAAAAAACCACAUGGCUAUAAAAAAUGUGUUGAUCUCCCCUUUUUUAACUCCUCCCUACAUUACAACUACAACCCUUCAAUGGGAAUACUCGAAAUCGCCUACCGCCACCCCGGUCUUGGACCCGGCUCCUUGGCCAAGUGGGUUGCAUGGGCUAUAAAUCCUAGGGGAAAAGCCAUGAUCGGAGCACAAACCUUGGUGGCAUACCGCAGUGGUGACAAUGGGUCGGUUUUGGCAUACACGUCCCCUAUUACCACCUAUAAGACGGGCCUUGCUAAGGGUGCUUUGAGUUUCGAUGUAACGGGACUAAAGGCCGCGGUUAUUAAAGACGAGAUUUUUAUAUUUGCAACGAUUAAGGUCCCUAAAAAUAAGACAGUUAUUAAUCAACUUUGGCAAGAAGGGCUCAUAAACGAGUAUGGGACACCCCUAUGGCAUAAUAAUGCUUACCCUAACCUUCAUUCCAUGGCUUCCCUUAAUCUUCUUUCCGGUGACAUCAUCCUCUCCGAAAAACCUACUCCGAUAAGAACUGUGAGUUUUUUUUUCGGAUUUUAUAUAAUUGGCUGGGGAAUACUGAUGCCUUUUGGAAUUAUGAUAGCAAGACAUUACAAGGAAUUUUUCCCAAAAGAUGACUCAAAUUGGUUUUAUCUUCAUAUUGGGUGCCAAAUCCCAGCAUACAUGCUUGGUGCUACAGGCUGGGCCAUUGGUCUCAAACUUAAUAGCGUCCAAGGCCUAAGACAUUUUGUCGACCAUAAACGGAUCGGGACUGCCCUCUUUUGUAUGGCCACGUUUCAGGUAUCUGCACUUGUGCUCAGACCACACAAGGACCACAAAUAUAGAUCCUACUGGAGCAAGUACCACCACUUAGUUGGGAAGGCAACUGUAAUCCUCGGCCUUUUCAACAUAAGCUUGGGUCUCACUAUCCUCAAACCUGAUAUAGAUGCGAGGGCCGCCUUCUUUUGUGUGCUAACACCAUGGGGGGUUGUUGCGUUAGUAUUGGAAAUAGUUAAGAAAAGUAAGAAGACCAAGGUUGCAGCAAGCCAAAAUACCAGCAGUAAUUAACAAGAAGGCCCAUGAAGCAUGAACGUGUACAUUGAGUUAAAUCUAUCUCUAACAUGAGCUUUCUUUAUCUUUUAGCAGAAUAUUUUCUCUUUUGGAGGCGAAAAUGUAUGGUUAGAGAAAGAAUUUAUGUAAUGCAGAGAGGAUAAAUCAGUAGGAGACGAAGAGCUUUAAAGUAUGUCACACUCUUUUCUUUAGGAUUCUUAACAGUUUCAAUACAUUAGGAACAUUGAUUAGAAAUUGGACUGUAAACAAUAAGAAAUAACA